GGCUGGUUGCCGAUUACUGGACAGAGCCGCAGAGAACUGAUGAAGAUUUCUGAGUGCCUUGAUCCACAUCAUCCCUCACGAAUUCAGUUCCAUCUUCAAAGUGAUACAAUAGAAGGCUAAAGUGAUUGAAAGAACUUAUCAAUGAUUAUAUUUCACAUUGGAAGCAAAGCUCAGAAGCAGUUCAAAAACAUUCACCUUAAGUCAUUUCAAUGGCAGAAAAAAGAAAUGCCUACCAUAUAGAGGAAGCAAUGGACAAACUCAUGGGGUCUGAUAAAAAAAAAUGGGCCACUAUGGAUCCAGAAGAACGUAUGGCAGCAGCUGCUAUAGCCUUUACCCAGAUCUGUGCAGGGCAAGGUGAGGGGGAUACCAUAAGGGAAGCUCGGUCAAACCAAUAUGAUCCUUAUAGUAAAGCUUCAGUGACAGUGGGCAAGACAUCAUCUUUACCUGUACAUAUGCGAUACCCACAAGAAGAACUCAAGACACCCUUUGUACCUGCGCAUUUGCGGUACUUACAAGAAAUCAAGAUACCCUCUCUACCUGUGCAUUUGCGGUACUUACAAGAAGAAUUCAAGACACCCCCUUUACCUGUUUAUCUGCGACACCCACAAGAAGAACUAAAGACAUCAUCUUUACCUGUGCAUCCAAAGCACCCACAAGAAGAACUUAUUGCCUCAGAGACUGGUUCAGACACCUCCCAAAUAGCCCGAAAGCCAGUAAUGAAGAGGAAGGUGCUUCGUAGGAAGCCAGAUGGUGAAGUACUGGUUACAGAUGAAUCUGUUAUAAGUGAAUCAGGGUCCGCUAUAGAAAACGAGAUGGAGCUCUGGGACUUGAGGCGAAGACUAAUGAAUUUGCAGCCCUGUCAGGAAGACGAGUCUGAUGCCAAAGAUGUAGAUGACUCAGGAAAGUUUUACCCACAACAUUCAUACCAUGAUAUUUCUCAAGAAGAACAAGAAAUCAUCUGCUACCUACAAAGAGAAGCAAUGGAAUCUCCAGCUUAUGAACAAGAUCUGAUUGUUUCUAACCGACCUAAGUCAUUCAUCCUCCCAAAGCUGGACCAGGUAGGCCGAAACCGGGGAAAGGUUGACCGAGUAGCCCGGUACUUUGAGUAUAAAAAAGAUUGGGAUUCAAUGAGGCUCCCUGGAGAGGAUCAAAGGAAAGACCUGCGUUGGGGUGUUCGAGAGCAAAUGAUCUGUCGAGCAGAAUCUCAACCCAAGCCUCAGCACAUAUACGUCCCCAAUAACUACUUGGUACCAACCAUGAAGAAAAGAUCUGCCUUACGUUGGGGUGUGCGCUGUGACCUAGCAAAUGGUGUCAUGCCCAGGAAGGUCCCUUCCCCCGUUUCUCCUUCUUAGUGCUUUACUCUCUAGUUUGCUACUCUAGUUUACUACUACUACUUAGUUUGUUCACCUUCUCCAUAAAGAGAACAAGUGACUUUUAAAAAACAAGGAUCAUUUUUGAGAAAGGACUUCAUACAUCACUGGCUUUUUUCUUUCUAUUCCAGUGUCAGAUGCCAAUUAACUUCCAAAUUACCAUUCACAAACCCAGCACUCUUAAGACAAAUCAUGCCAGAGAAAGAACCAAACUAGUAGUCUUUUUGUCACAUUUGAUGAUAAGCACUACUUGUAUUUUGCACCUUUUCCCAUUUGGCCAGGCUGAGUUGUUGUGUGAUUUUAUUAGUUAAUUGUUGGCUGUGUGUGAUUUUUAUAGCUGCUGGGAGUUAAACCUGUCUUAAUAAAGAAUAUUUUGGGAAAUAAAUAAGCUUGCCCAUAUCUCUACCCAAUACUUCCUAACAUAGAUUAUAUGUUAUAAACUAGAAGUCCUAUUCAUAGGGUUCUACUCCUGCUACAUUUCCCACCAAACAGCUCUCCUUCCUCCUAAUUCUAUAAAAGCUGAGAGAAUGGAGGUAAUAUAUAAGAACACAAGACCUGCCCUCCUCAAUAGCUUCUGAAUAAAGGAAGUAAGGGUAAAGUCAAGGUCAAAUUUCAUGUCACUAAAGGAAAGCUAUUAAUAUAUCCAGUCACUAAUGAGAGGCUUUAAAAAGCAGCUUUUUAUGAUGUAUAGAUGCACUAAAUGUGUUCUAAUCCAGAUCUCUGGUCAAGAAUUUCUUGCACA